UUUUAGCCGUCCUCCCGGGCCUGCUACCUUGGGGAGGCGGUGGCGGAGGGGCUGGUGCAUGGUUCCUAUCCCUGUGCCACCUCCUCGGUGCCCUGGCCCCCUGGUGCGGCUCCUUCCUGUACCACUUGUUCAUGAACCACACUCAAGGGGCCAGCCUCUACCACAAGUUGCUGCAGCUGGAUAUGCUGGGCAUCUGGGUCAGUCAGAGUAUAGGUGCGAUUCCUAUGGUGACCGCAACGGUAUACUGCGCUCCCGCUCCGCUACGGUACGCAACGCUCGCGGUCUACUGCCUCGGAAGCCUGUUGGGCCUGUACAAGGCAAUGCGCGCGUGGUCCCCCUGGGAACGGCGCCUGUGCUUCGCCGCCCCGUUCUGCAUGCGGCUGUUGCUGGCCGGCGCGAGGGCCGCACGGCUAGGCGGUGGUGACCCCCACGCUAUACUACACGUCUUCUUACAAGACGCCGUAUCGCUAGGCGGGGGAGUGAUUGGUGCAAUGCAUAUUCCGGAGAAAUGGUUCCCCGGGACCGUGGACCGCUGUCUCAACUCGCAUAACAUUAUGCAUGUGCUUGUCGUGCUAGCCGUGUACUCCAUGCACCAGGUGACCACAAAAGACCUCGCAUGGAUGUCUCGCAUAGACUGCCGCGCGCCGCUUAGGACCCUUUGACGCAUGCCGCUGCCUUUAAACAUCGUGACCGCCUGACUCCUCACAUCGCCCAAACCUACGUUAAUACCAAUUAAGUCGUGAUAAUGAUUCCGAUCGCAGGCUGACACCGACAAUAGAUUCAUGUUAGUAAUGUAGAAGGUACACGUUAAUACGUCAUGUGACAUUAGUGACGUCAUUGCUCUCUACGGAAGACUACUUUCCAUUAAAGAUUUAAAUCGUUAUAUAUGCCCUCUUUUUAAGGUGGCCCUAGCCAAAUAUCGCCUUAGUUUAAUAAUCUACACCUAAAUCUGAAACACAACAUUUUUGUUUUGAUCCUUCCCCAAUUCGGUUUUGCAGUAGGGGAAGAAUCUUCCGGAAGGUCCAUGUAUAAAAAAUGGCAUGUUAACUAUAAUAAACGUACUGAGGCAACUCUACCCUUAAUUUAUGCGGAUAAAAGAUUUACCCAAUUUACGGAAAUAUUUAGUCUAGUUGUUCCGAAUGUAGCUUAGAAAAUACAUUAAAUAACGAACUGAAUACGCCAAUUUCGACACAGUAUUUAUUGCAGUAUUUUACUCGUAUGCCGUUCAUCUAAUUGAAAUUUACCGUAGACUAAUCUAAGGAAUUAAAACCGAUUGACACUACAAAAGAAAGGUUCAAUUUUUUGAGCAUAUCUUACGAUUUAAGUCUUUGCUUUUGCCUUUCUUUCUCUGUUGUGCUUUGUUUCUACACCUUGUUUUAGAUACGCGAGAUACUGUUAUAUACAAGGUGCCAGCUGUAUAGCUGGUCAUAGACAAAAAUAAAGCUUUUAUUAUUAAGGACGAGCUCUAUCUUACUAGGAGAAUAACUUUUGUAAGGACAUUUCUAUUAGGGAAACGAAAAAAUCUGCCUCUUAAACUUCUAUUCAAAACAUAUCCACGCACUUUUAGUAAUUGCAUUGCAAAAUACUGUUUCAAUUAAAUAUACCUCUAGUAUGAAAAUUAAUAUAGGAAACUUAAGACUUUUUAGUUAAUGUUUGAAUAUUUAAAUUAGUUUUAACGUUAAAAACAUAGAAUACAUACAAUAGUUAGUCGACAAUAUAAUGGCCUAUUUUUUGUUUUCCUCCAGCAGAUCGUUGAUAUACCCUUUUUAAUUGUUCAUACAAUAAAAGCCACACUCAAAUUGUAUUUAACUAAAUAGUGAUUGGUUAUUAAUAGGUAUUAUAAUAGUAGAGAUAAGAUAACGAGUACAAUUAAUAAUAUUGUCUUAAGCGAUGCUUAAUGAGAUGGAAGAGAGCAAUGCUUGGUGCUUCGUUUUGUAAUGGAAGCCGAAUGACGAUAAUCGUUUACAAAAAUGGCUGCCGGCGCUGAGUUAAUAAAUUGAUAUUGAAUUUAAUGGUUGAAUGUAGCUUAAAGAACUAAAAAGAGGAAAAUUAAGGUUCUCGCCAGAAUCAUUCGCUUCACAAACUUUGUUCUACGAGCACUCGUUGCAAAAUCGUGUAAACGCAAGCGCAUUCAUUUGGGAAUCAAAAAUAUAUUCGCGGGCACAAUUUUAAGGCUUCGUUUAUCUAAACGUAUUAACCAAACUUGAUUUAGCGAACAUUCGAUGCGUGGGUAUCACACUAAAGGUUUGCUGGCGAACCAAUAUACAAAAAAUCUUUCGCAAGUAGUAACUGUUUGUUGAACGAAUGUACUUAUGUGACAAACGUUCGCAAUCAAAGUCCUCGCAAAACGAAGUUGGAAGUAAUGAGUAAUCAUUAUUUGUUAUGAAUGAAUGUUCUAAGUUGCAUUAUGAGUUUUAAAUAAGUUAUAGACAAUUGGGGCCUAUUUCGAUACGAAGCAGCUACUGAAUGCGCCGCUGGUUAAAUUUGACACAGGAUCGAAGAGUUUCGAAAAGUCCAUUAAGGCGUCUUCCGGCAAAGAUUAUGAUUGAUGUGAUGUGUGUCACAAACAAAAACCUUCCGUAGGCUUACUCUAAUUAGUUCUAAUUAUAUUCACUAAGUAUUAUCCUAAAAAUCGCCCUUGUGAUAUUUCCAAGGAAAACUUAAUACGCUUUGUAUAUUUGAAGGCAUUGAAGGAAGGCAGGAUUAUGUAGGAUUGAUAGUGGAAUAACAGUUCUAGACAGCUCUUAGUAAACAUUACGCUCGGGCAAUAUAACAUUUGUAAACAAAAAAUCUAUAGUAAUGAAUUUGCAACCCUAGAAGGAGUUUGACUACCGUCAAAAAAAUUUUAAAGCAAAUCUUAUAUUAAAGUUCUGUUAAGUAAAGUUAAGUUAAAUUCCGCUGGUAAGUGAUGCGCUGAAGCUCUAGAGAUAAAGGAAGAUUUAGGUGACUACAUUGCUUCUUGGCUCGCUCUGCCGGUCCAGAUUUCUGAGCGACGCGGCAAGUUGGGACUCGAGUUGGUUUAUAUGUGCGAUUCAGCUGCGACUGUCGCUUCUAACUUCGUCGACUGCCAAUAAUUGUGCAACGUAGGCAUCGUCUGCGUCUGCGAUCGCUUUGCCUUUACAUUACGCCACCAGACGCUGCAAUAAGAACCUCGUUAGAGAUCUCGGUAAAAACUCAGUUUACUGAUUUUCUAUGAUUUGUGCAUGUAAC